UGUUUUGUUUGUAUUGUGUGGCUCUGCCUAAAUGCGGAUAAGUAUGCGGAAAACCUAAGCCGCCAAAAACAAAAAGCAAAAAACAAAAAACAAAGAUCGUAACAACAAGCGACGUCAACUGGCCAUAUCGAUUGCAAGCCAACCGGGUGACACUGUGUGACACUUUUCCGCGGCGCAGAAAACAGGUUGCCAUCGUUGCCAUUACAGCCACUGCAGCCGUUUUGGCCAGCACCUAGGGCUGCUCCACCUGCUCGCCAGUUCCCCGGGAUCACCUCGAUCACCUGGAUCACCUGCCUCACCUGGUGGGCAUGCUGUCCACUUCGUUUCGGUUUCCAUAACGCAAGCAAGGAGAAGCGCUGAAAGGUUUGCGAGUGGCGCGAAUCCGCGACAGCGGAGCAGACGGAGGGCAGCUCCAGAUCCGCACCCACAUCCACAACCAGAGCCAGAGCCAGAUUCAGGAUGUCGGACAUAUACUACUGCAGCAACAGCCAGAUGAAGAAAUCGCGCGACGCGGAUAAAUCAUCCGCCCCGUUGUCGGCGACCAACAACAAUACCAAUACCAAUACCAAUGCGAGUGCGGCCAAUUUGGCGGCUGCUGAUAAGAAGAACAACAACAACAACUGCAGCAAUCGCAACAAAGAGAAGAGCAUGCAGACGAACGGUAAAAACUGGAAGGGCGUUGUCCAGAGUAAUCCCAAUCCGAGUGGCGGCGUGGGCACCACGGCUCAGCCGCCGAAGGUCUUCCACAACACCCGAUGCACGAGGCACCACAAGCCGCACCACAGUCACGGCAAUGGAAGUGCAGCUUCCGCCGGCGGAGGAGCAGGAGCAGGCUUGGCCCAUGGCCCACCUGGACUGGAGGCCACACAGCAGCGGGAGCGAGAACGGGAACGAGAUCGGGAGCGUGAGCGGGAACGGGAAAGGGACAGGGAGCGGGACAGAGAACGGGAGCGGGAACACCAACUCCAUAUGCACCAGCACAAUCACGGCUUGCGGAGAAAAUCCGAGUCCGUGCUGUCCACCGACUCGGACAUCCGCUUCACCCGCCGGAAACUGGGCGAUGGCCAAAAGUGCGGCUGUGCCGUCAUCGCUGGAUUCCUCAUCGCCCUCCUCGUCGCCGGAAUCUUUGUCUACGUGGGAUAUACCUAUUUCCGACCGGAGCCGCUGCCAGAUCGCGUUUUCCGCGGUCGCUUCAUGGUGCUGAACGACAAGUGGAGCAUGGAGCUGGCCAACCAGAACUCGAUGCGGUUCCAGCACAAGGCGCGCGACUACCGGGAGCGGAUCAAUCUCACCCUGCGCCGAUCCGACCUGCGGGAGGCGUACGAGGGCAGCGAGAUUCUGGCACUGGAUGGGAGCGAGGAUAACAACAACAUAGUCGUGCACUUCAACAUGAUCUUCGAUCCGUACGCGGGUCUGGUGAGCAGCGGUGACCUCUUGGCCCUGUUCCACGAGGAGAUGACCCAGCCGCCGCAGCAGCGCCGCCAUUUCGCCAACAUGACGGUGGACGUGGCCAGUUUGAGCAUCAAGGAGACGACUGGCCUGAUCGAGGAGCCCGUGAUGUCCAGUUCACCGCUGGGCGGACACGAUGAGACCACCGAGCCAGUGGUGACGACCACUCCGGCGCCGCCACGCCGCUGCUCACCACUGGAGCUAUCCUACUGCCGCCAGGUGGGCUACAACAUCACGACCUAUCCGAAUCUUCUGGGACACGCCAGCUACGAGCAGUUGGCCGAGGAUGUGAUCGUGUUCCGGGAACUGGUGGACGGUGAAUGCCAUCGGGAGGCCUACGACUUUGUGUGCCGGCUCCUACAGCCGCCGUGCGACACGCACGGCUCCGAUUUGCAGCCCACUCCGGGCCAGAUUUGCCGCGAGUACUGUGAGUCCUUCAUGGCCGGCUGUGGCGGUCGAUUGCCGCAGCGUUUCCGGCAGUUCUUCGACUGCGAACGCUUCCCGGAGUCCACGGGCACCCAGUCGUGCCACCAGAAGCCCCACUGCGUCAGCGACAUGCAGUCCAAUGUCCAGAGUCCUCGGCUCUGCGAUGGCUAUGCCGAUUGUCCGGACCUCUCCGACGAGCGCAGCUGCGCCUUCUGCUCCCCCAACGCCCUGUACUGUGGGCGUGGCAGGGCGUGUGUGCCGCGCAAGGCGCGAUGUGAUGGCAAGGCGGACUGUCCGGACGGCGCCGAUGAGAAGGAUUGCCUAUCUAUAGCUCCACUGGCCGCCGAUCUGCUGCAGCCGGAGCCGCUGGUUCCGUACCUCUCCCGCUUCCAUUCCGCCGGAUACGCCGUCUUCUCCGAGAAGGGAGUGGUGGGCAAGCUGUGCGCCGAGGGUCUGGAGGGCGAUGCCAAGCUGGUGGUGCGCCAAACGGUCUCCGAGUCGCUUUGCAAGUCCCUGGGAUACGAAUCCGUGGAAAUAUUCGACGUGCAGAACGAUACGGAGCGUUUGAACGACUACGUGCGUGUCUUGGAUCCCCAUGCGCCGGAGAUCAGCUUCAUACGGACGCACUGCCCCCGGCGGCAAGUGCUGUACGUGGGCUGCGGGGAGCUGCGCUGUGGCGUCCAGUCGGCGCUCUUCAAUGCCAAGCAGCACCUCUCGCUGCCGAAGAUGUCCGCUCCUGGGGACUGGCCCUGGCUGGUGGCCCUGUUCCGCGAGGAUAUCCACGUUUGCGACGGCACCCUGAUCUCGCAGGACUGGGUCCUCACCACCGAGGGCUGUUUCCAGGGCCAGCCGCGUGCCACUUGGAUGGCCAUCGUGGGUGCCGUUCGUCUGUCGGCCAAGGCACCGUGGACACAGAGGCGCCGCAUCAUUGGCAUGAUCAAGAGCCCGGUUGAAGGUUCGACGGCGGCACUGGUGCGCCUGGAAACGUCUGUCAGUUACUCGGAUCACGUGCGACCCAUUUGCCUGCCGGACGCCCUGCAGAGGAGGCUGCUCCAGCAGCCACCGGCCCAGAGGAGAUCCCAUGUUCCGGUGGCCGAGCGAUUGGAGGGGCAGCUGGUGAGCCAGCAGCGCAGUCGAUUGUCGCAGGAGAACCAGCAGUUCUUCCUGAUCCCAUCGCAGGAGCAGCAGGACAGCUCCACGGAGAACCAGGCCGAUGAGGAUCAGGACGAGCAGGAGGAUCACUUUGACGCCGAAUCAGCCGCCUCCCAUAUGCCCAAAGCGGAGGCUCUGCACCAGGAAUUGGAUGGCUACCCGCUGCCGGAUCACGCGCCGCAGGUGAACUACUACUCCUCCUCCUCCGCAGUCACUUCCUCCUCCACCGCCGCCCGCACAGCCACCAAGGCACCCGUUCUGGCAGCUGGAAAGGCUGCUCAGGAGCAGAUCUGGACGAACUGCAAUACACUCGGCUGGUCCCGGCAGCGGGAUCACCUGCAGCGCGUCCAGCUGAAGAUGGGCGACAUGGCGCCCUGCGAGAAUGUGUCCAUCGCCACCGUGAACUCCAUGUGCAUGGAGGCCACCUACCAGAAGUACGACUGCACGCAAGAGGAGUACUCGGGAGCGCCAGUCCAGUGCCUAAUUCCCGGAACGAAUCAGUGGGCGCUUAUUGGGGUCUCCUCCUGGCGGAUCGCCUGCGGACCCACGGGCGUGGAGCGGCCCAGGAUGUACGACAAGAUCGCCUCGAAUGCCGCCUGGAUCCGCGAGACGAUCAGCGCGAUAUAG